CCUAAUAAUAUUUUUAUUUCUAAGUACACAAUUGGAGUCCCAAUUCCAAAUAACAGCUCAUUCCAAGAUUUAAUGUUACAUCUGAAACGUGUAAUUUGCAAGGAACGCUUUCGUGUUUCAUACGUUGUUGGGUCCAUUCUUCCUCCUGUGAAUAUAGAUGAUGAGAGUAGCUUCCAAUUUUAUAUGCAAUUGAAGUGUAUUGAGUGUGAUUUUACGAAGCUUUCAUUGUGCAUCGAAUUUGUCACAAACAAUACAAGUUCACAGGGUGUCAUAAUGUCACAAUUUAAUGAGUUUGGCACUAUUAUUGAUGCAUCUUCUUCCACUUUUCCCGUUCCUUCUGUUGGUACUUCCCAGAGUCUUCUUCUUACGCAAUUCAUACAGCCUCUUUCCUUAUCAAGUGAAUAUGUCUGUAUUGCUGAAAGCACAGAUUCUGUGUCAGUGGAAACCACACCUAAUGUUGUUAUUUCUCAUUACCAUCCAACAACUAUUCGCAUGGAUUGCAUAUACAAGUCAAAGAUGGACCUUCAGCAUCAUUUGCAAAUGUUUUCCAUUGUAAAUAACUUCCAGUUCAGAACUGUAACUUCAACGAAGACAUCCUAUCAUGUCGUGUGUGUUGAUGCUAAUUGUAAAUGGGCCCUUCAUGCUGUACGUGUAUGUGGUGCAAGUUUAUUCCAAAAUAGAAGGUUUGACUCAGAACAUUCUUGUCCUGUUGACUUUCGCGAAGGCAAUCAUAGACAGGCAACAUCUACCCUUAUAGCAGGCUUGGUUGCACAUCGUUAUGCAGAUGCUUCGAAAAAGCCGUACCACCCUAUUGACCUUAUGGACGACAUGAGGAGGGAAUAUGGGAUUACUAUGUCUUAUAAGAAGGCUUUGGUAGUUAAAAGAAAACCGAUGAGCAAACUCUAUGUAGAUAAGGUGUUUCCUUCCAUUCAUCAUUGCUAUUGUACUGAACAUAUAUUGCGCAAUCUCAAAGGGAAAUUUAAGGGCAAAUCAGAAUCAAUUGAGUGGAAGUUCAGAGCUGCUUCUCGGGCUGCUACUCUUGAAGAGUGUGAGGAGUAUCUUUUAAUGUUGGAUGAGGAUGAUCCACGUUUACGGGUAUACCUUGAUAAGAUUGGAGUUGCAAAGUGGUCUCGAUGUAAGAGUCCAACAUCACGUUACUCCUCCAUGACUUCAAAUUUGGCUGAGUCAAUGAACAAUGUCAAUAAAAAUGCACAGGAUUAUUCUGUAGCAAAAUUGGUUGAAUUCCUUCGUGGUAGGAUGCAACGAUGGUUCCAUGAAAGGGCUGAGAUUGCUAGUUCCACACGUACUCCUCUUCCAAAAAAGCGCGAGAAUGAACUGAUUCAAUUGCAACGUGAUGCAUUUCUGAUGAAGGUCAAUGCCUCCUGUUCAUAUGAGUUUGAGGUUACUGAUAAUGAUUCUCGAUCAUUCAUUGUCAACCUAAAGGAAAAGACUUGCACGUGCUACGAGUUCCAACUUGAUAAAUUUGUAUGUGUGCAUGCUGUUGCAGCGAUUGGUAAACGCCCUGGGUUAUCCUGCUACGAAUUUAUUUCCACCUUUUACAAAUUGGAAGCAUUGGUGUGCACAUAUGCUGGAAUUGUUCAUCCUAUUGGUGAUGUGUCUGGAUGGGUGAUUCCUCAAGAGAUUCUAUCAAGGAAAUGUGACCCUCCAUCUUGCAACAAGCGCCCUCCUGGAAGACCUAAGAAGAAAAGGUAUCCUUCUGUAGGGGAGUUCCGUUACGGGAAAUGUAGAGUGAAGCAAAGAUGUUCGAGGUGCAAGUCUCAUGGCCACAACAUGAAAUCAUGCACCAAUCCAAUUCCAAUGGCAGAUGCAGCUCUUACUUAAGAGUUGUUUAGUAUCAUUUACUUUAUCUCUUUCCAACUAUAUGUAUUUCAAUUUGAGAUGUUCUUAUUACGAAUAUGGAUGAUUUAAUGUUUUAUGUUCUUUUUGUUGAACAAUAUGGUCCUUGAACUCCACUCUUUAUAUUUAAUAGCCAAAUACUUGUUACAUUUUUACACAAUUUCAAGAGUUACACUUUAUACGUCCAUACAUGACUCCAUAAAAUGGAAUUUAUUUCCCUGUAAUAAAUUUAAACAAUACAU